GAAAAGCACUGUCAGUAUCAUCUGGUUUCUGAACCUGGCUAUAGCAGACUUCCUGUUUUCAUAUUUCCUGAUCUUCAAAAUAAUUUAUGAAUACCGUGAGUUCGACUGGCCUUUGGUGACUUUAUGUGCUUCUUGAACAGCCUGGUGACCGUGUUGAAUAUGUUUGCCAGCACCUUCCUGCUGACAGCGAUCAGUUUGGACCGCUGCCUGUCCACCUGGGUGGUGGUGUGGGCCAGGACCAAACGAACAGUCCUGAAAGCAAGGAUAAUUUGCCUGCUUAUUUGGUUAGCGUCAGUCGCUUGCAGCCUGCCUUUAGUCAUCUCUCGGAAAACGCUUUCCAUUCCUGCACAACAAACAAAGUGCAUAAAUGACAUUCAGAAACUAGAAACAAACAAGAGGCUGGAAGUGUACUGUUUUGUGGUGGGUUUUCUCCUCCCGUUUGUCAUAAUCUCCGCUUCAUUUGUGGCGAUCGGAGUACGAGUUAAGCGCCUCCGGAAAAAUAAUAAACUAAAACCCUUCUGUUUUAUCCUGGCUGUAAUCCUGUCUUUCUUCUUCUGCUGGCUUCCCUUUUAUGUUCACAAAUUCCUUGAAGUGUGGUUGCGUGAAAUGAAUGCAACAAACCCAUCUGACGAGCUGACCAGCUUCAAGGUUUUCGACCAGAUAGGGCUCUUCAUAAUCAGUCUUGCCUACCUGAACAGCUGCCUGAAUCCCUUCUUGUACGUAUUCAUGUGUGAAGAUUUUCAGAAAAAGCUCAAGCAGUCUUUAGUGAUGGUGUUCGAGAGUGCAUUCGCAGAGGAACACCUGGCUCUCCUCUCACAACAUUCCCAAUCCAAACGCAAAUCUCAUUCGCAGAGUGGAACAGGAAUAGAAAUGACCCAAUCUUCGACACUUGAGGGUUAAAUUAAACAUUCACAGAGUCCAAUAUUUACAUUUAUUAAAUUACAUUUACAGAAAAAGGAAAAUGUAACGUAAUUUAACGUAUAAAGAAGCUGUGUAGACAAAAUACUGUAUUGUAUUGUAUUUUUUUUUUUUUUUUUUUUUUUGUGAGGAUGGAUGAUGGAAGCUGAUGUGCCAACAACAACAACAAAUUAUAGAUUUACUGUGCUAUAAAUGUAUAAAUAGCUGACAUGCAUGCCUUAUUAACAACUAGAAAUUGGUAAUUGUAUUGCGUAGGCCUAUUUUUAACAGUUAUGCUAUGCUGUGUGUUGUUUUUCCUUGGGUUCUGUUCCUGUGUUUAGUUUCUGUUCCCUUUGUUCUUGUUGUUAGUUGGCAUAUGGUUACUUAUUGGUUAACUGAUUGUGUUCACCUGAGUCUUGUUUGCUUCCUCAUUUAACCAUGUGUUUAAAGUCAGCAUUUUUUUUUUUUUUUGGUCCUGUUUUGUCUUUAUGUUUGUAAAACUAUCAUGUUGUUUUUUUUUGUUGUUGUUGUUUGUUUUUUUGUUUUUUGUUUUUUAAUAAACAGCUCUCUGGUAUUUGUAUUUCAUUUUCAUGGGUUUCUCAAGACCACAAACAAUCAAUAGGCCCAUCAUUCUGAACUAAUGUUUCUUUUACCUAUAAUGAACUGAAAUGUAUUGAUAUGUUUGCCUUUGCUUUACAACAUUGUUUGAAUAAAUCCCAUGGGGGAAAAAAUCAAUAAACAAUUUUUUAACAAAAAAUUAAAGGCAACAUUUAUUAAAAUACUAAAGGUGCAAUAUGUAAUAUUUUCUGUUCGCUAGAGGUCGCUAGAGGCCUAUUCAAAAUAAAGGCGUAGCUUGAUGAUGCCAUGUUUGAGCGCGGAAUCUUGGGACAUGUGGUCUUCACCUCAACGGAUGGUGGAAAAGAAUUGGGAUAGGACUCGGGAACAAAUCAUGGUCAUGGAUGCGA